AUGGCUCCAAACGAAGAGAAAGAGCAGUCGAUGCUCAAUCGAUUCAUAACCCAAAAAGCCGAGGAGAAAAAGAAACCUAAAGAACGCCGCCCUUUCCUCGCCUCCGAGUGCCGCGACCUCGCCGAAGCCGACAAAUGGCGUCAACAAAUCAUGCGAGAGAUCGGCCGCAAGGUCGCUGAGAUUCAGAACGAUGGCCUAGGAGAACAUCGAUUCUGCGACCUUAACGACGAGAUCAACAAGCUUAUCCGAGAGAAGUCUCAUUGGGAACGCCGUAUUGUAGAACUCGGAGGCUCGAAUUACGCUAAACAUGCUCCUAAAAUGACGGAUUUAGGAGGGACAUAG